GGACCUGCCCGACGACAAGGCAAGCAGGUACGCCUUUCACCAUUGUUUCAGUCGCGCUCCGGCGCUCCUGCAGUCGCUUCUGGCCAUUGUAGCAAAGCAGAUCCCUGAAGAAGUAGCGAAUGCAGAAGCUCCAGCUCGCCAGCCCGACCGCGGUGUCCCUCCCGGCGCUCUGCCUCUUCGUCCUCUUCCUCCUCGCCGCGCGCCAGCAACGCUCGUUCCUCGACACCUACAGGUCCGGGUUCGCCGCCAUUUCCUCGUCGAGCUCGCCUCGGCUGGAGCCCGGGCGUCCUGCUGCCGCCCGGGUGCCCAAGGGAUGCGACAUUUUCCGGGGCGAGUGGGUGCCGGACAACGGCGCCGAGCCGUACUACACGAACCGGACCUGCCCGCUGAUCCAGGAGCACCAGAACUGCAUGAAGUACGGCCGCCCGGACCUCGGGUUCCUUAGGUGGCGCUGGCGGCCGGCGCAGUGCGAGCUCCCGCGGUUCGACGCGGCGGCCUUCUUCGACGCCGUCAGGGGCCGCUCCAUGGCGUUUGUCGGGGACUCGCUCGCCAGGAACCACAUGCAGUCCCUUAUGUGCCUCUUGUCCAAGCUGGAGUACCCCAAAGACAUUUCCACGACGAAAAACCAGGAAUUCAGGACAUUGUACUACGAGUCUUACAAUUUCACCAUCUCCACCUUCUGGUCGCCGUUCCUCGUCAAGGCGAACCAGUCCGACGCCGACUACGGCAGCGGCCGGCUGUGGAACAUCUACCUCGACGAGCCGGACGACGCAUGGCUGCCCGGCGUGGCGGGCGCCGACUACCUCGUCCUCUCGGCGGCUAACUGGUUCACGCGGCCGUCCCUGUUCUACGAGUCCGGCCGCCUCGUCGCCUGCCACUACUGCCUCAUCCCGGGCGUGCCGGACCUCACGCUGCGGCACUCGCAGCGCGUGGCGUUCCGCACGGUGCUGCAGGCGGUCACGAGCCACCCGGGCUUCAAUGGGACGGCGAUCGUGAGGACGGUGUCGCCGACGCACUUCGAGGGCGGGGAGUGGAACAAGGGCGGCGACUGCCGGCGGACGCGGCCGUACGCGGCGAACGAGACGCGCAUGGCCGGGCUGAGCCUCGACUUUCACACGGCGCAGGUGGAGGAGUUCGCGCAGGCGGAGGAGGCGGCCAGGAGGAGAGGAGGGGGCGGCGCGAGGCUGGUGCUGAUGGACACCACGGCGGCGAUGCUGCUCCGGCCGGACGGGCACCCGAGCCGGUACGGGCACUGGGCGCACGAGAACGUGACCCUGUACAAGGACUGCGUGCACUGGUGCCUGCCGGGCCCGAUAGACGCGUGGAACGAGAUGCUGCUCCAGAUGGUACUGCCCUGAUGCGCACCGUAAUGUCGUUGCCCGUUUUCAACUGUGUACUUCUCUACUACUGGUUGUUACGGAAAUUCCAUGUGAAAAUAUAGAUGACAAAUAAUUUAGCGUUUA